CAUUCAUCCAGCUGUUUUCGUUGCAAACUAUUGAUAAACAUAAAAACCCUUCCAAAAGGAAUAAGCUGUAAUUGCACCUUUCAGGUGGUUGGCCAGCGUAGACGUAGACGUGAUCAGCGGCAAUAAAACGGUCACCGGAAGCGACGGACCGAAGUGUGGAGUAGAGCCAUAAUUCAUUCAUUUUUACAACCGUCACUUAAAGCGCACGCUCCGUGCGUGUGUUUUUUUUAUUUUCGCGCUGAUGAGAACACCCAAUGUUGCGUUUCUCAUCGGAAGAAGAAACCGUGGAAAGAUCUACCAACACCCGUGGCGUCAAUAUACACAGCAGAUGCGAAUGUGUAUGUAAAUACAUAAUAUAGCUAGAAAUCACGUUUUGCCGUCGGCUUUUCGGUGCACAUAUGGUUGGGUGAGUGUUUUUUCUUCUUUUAUUCAACAUAAUUUAACUGAUGCUAAUGACUGAUAAGAUUAUCUUUUAGUGAUCGGUAAGAUCAAUUAUAAAAGAAAAACAUAGAAUUGAAAAAACCAAAUCUAUUUACUAAACCAUCAUUUCAACCAACAACCAGCAGAACGAUACGGACAGCAUAUAUUCCGGUAGCUUUACGAUUGUUGUUCGUGUCACUUAAAGAGACAUUUUUGGAGCAUCGCGAUGUAGGCGACUUUUAUGUAUGGUUGAACAGAGGCAAGACAUACCAAUCGAAUGCUAAUCAUUUCUCCUUCUCAUUCUAACCUUUGGGUUUGGAAGAUUGUGAAGAAAUUCUUGCACUCCAAGCCGCUGUGUGCGUGUGAUGACUAUUUCUCCUAUUGCUCCUAUUGCGGGAAAAACACUAUCCGGUGGCACAAAAAUAAAGCUGAAGUUGUGUUUGUGAAGCAAAUACACGAACCUCCCCUAAACGAUGCUUUUCUUCGUAUUGUAGGGGAAAAUGGGGUGUAAGUUAGUGUUCGUUAUAUCAACCUGAGGGUGAGUUACAUUCGGGGUGAGUUACCCUUAAAAUCCUUUACGAACACACCUACCCAAACUUAAUGUUUUCCUCCUUCCAUGUUUCCUGUCAUUCAUUUCAACCAAGCACACAGGUGGUGGCAACGACGAACAUCAUCUCCCAAGAUGGCCCAAAAAGGGAGGAAGUGGUGUAGCCCUUCAUUCCUUUCGUUUCACGCUGUUUCUUCCCUGCCCUUCUACGUCCGACACUUAUUUCAAUUCCGAUCGAACUGGUCAACCUGGCUGGUGCUGUUGAUACUAAACGGAGGAAGGUAAAACCGGGGGCACCCAACCACCAAUGGCUCCAAAAUGCACCUUACCCCAAAAACACGAGGCACCGGAUUCGGACCCGGCGGCGGGGGGGAGCAACAUUUCGCACAAACAACCAACGAACAUUGUGUCCGGCAAACCGCGAGUUCAGUCGCUUUCGGACACGAUCGGUUUUUGCAUCCCUGCGCAACAAGAAAGUUCCGGUCCGGGGUUUCCAACGUUGACUCGCUCGGUGGAACAGGGUCGCAUUUUGUGUAGGGGGGUAGGUUGAAGUUACGCGUGGUACGAGUCAUAAAAAGAAACACAUGAUUUAUGUCGUAUCGUUCGUCGACUGUCUGAUCAAGCACAACCACGGACGGCCGGUUUUGGUAUGGUGAAUGCGUUUGUGGGUGUGUGUUUUUCUUAUUUUGUUUUCGUGUAAAUGUGUGUGUUUGUGCGUGUUUGUGUGUGUGUGUGUAAAAUAUAGAAUCAUUUGUGCCUGCGAAGCAUUUUCCUUCAUACGCUUCCUGUCGAAACAACAAGAAAAAAUCGAUCGGUCGGUCAUAUGGUGCUACAAAGAAGAAGUGCUACAAACAAUCGGUGAAGUUGUAGUGAAAUGUUUUUUUUCGUGAAAAUUUAGUUUCCAGUGAAGUUGUUUUAUUGUAGGUGAGUGAGUAUAGGGAACAACAAGCAUUAAUUUACGGUUCAUUGUGUGUUACAAUGAGGUCUAAGCAGCAGCCACGACCAUCCUACCGAUGGAUCAACAACGACAAAGAUACAUCUAAACCGUCAGACAUCAAAAUUCUCCAAGCUGAAAAUCUUGUCACAGAUGAUUUCCACCAAGAUGAACUCGAGAAUGUUGGCGUUGAAAGACCGGACAGCAAAGAUGUGUUAUCCGCUGGUUCGGUUAGUCCAUCAUCAUCAACCACACCGCCUCCGAUCCCGAUGGUCUUGCCGCAUCCACCCGCUACCUUACGUGAAUGUAAGGAAUUGCCAAGCGAAAUAACCCGAACCCGAUCGUCUUUGGCAAUAUCUUCAAUUGGUUCUCAAUCCUGCUCACCACCUCCGACGGCACACACGGCACUAACGAGUGGAACCGAACAAACACCGGAGAUCAACGAGAGGGUACCCGGACCGUCAGCAAUUCAGUCACAGUUGAUUGAUUCGCAUGAUGAUGGGGAGCAUAGCAUUCCUGCCACAUUGAUCCAUGACCCGAUGACCGUUCGGAACGUUGUACCACCCCGGUAAGUUCAUGGUAUUUGUGCACCUGCACUUGGUGAGAUGCAUUUGAGGCGAAAUAUACGGAAAACACUUUUUCAUCAUCCUUUUUGCACCCUCCCCUUUCCCAAUGCCGGGUUCUUUCCCGAUCCCACUGAUCACACAAUAGAAGGACAGUUCGAACGGUUUACAAUGGGGUUAUACAUGGAUCUGUUUUAGCUCCUCCAGGGAUGGUGCUUCAGGGUGCACACGAAAUCUUUCCUUAGGUUUGCUCUUUGCUGUUACCAAUACCGGAACAGUUGUGAGAAAUUGCAUUCAUUUCACAUUUCCUUCUUGAGAUUUAUGUUUGUGUAAGGGUCGCAAGCAUGGAUGGGGAUUGUAAGUUUUUCUCAUUUAUUUGACCGAGCUUACGAUGCGACCUAUGGUCAAUAAGAAUACGGUAACAUACAAUAUAUGCUGCUGGAUUAUUUUUAUUCAUUUUAGUAUAUUUUGCGUUCGAUCAAUCAAAGCUCCACAGUCAAUAGACCAUAUCAAGU